AUGCAAUCAAAAUUUUGGGCAAAAGCCGUAGAUGAAGAAAGUGGGGAUAAUAUAACUGAAUCAUCUGAAAAUGAAAUUGAUAAUAAGAAGCCUCUUGUAUCAGCACAGGCAGAAAGAUGGGCAGCUAUAGAUAGCAGUAGCUCAGAAGAAGAAGAAAGAGUUAUAAAAAGUUAUGAAGGAAAAAGAUUAGAUUUUUAUGAAAAUAUAGGGAAUAGUCUAAAUGAAAAUAUGAACAAUAAUGAAUUUAACCAACUCCUAAAAGAUUACGAAAAUUUGUAUAAAUUUAUGAUUAAAGAAAGUUCUGAAAAUAUUCCAAAAUUUGCAAUAGUUUACUUAGAUAAACUAUCUAAAUAUGUAGAAAAAACUUUUCAAAAUAAUGUAGAAAAGAAGAAUUUAAGUAAAAAUAAAGCGCAAACACUAAAUAAAUUAAGAGCAAAAAUUCGAAAAUGUAGUGAAUUUUAUCAAGAUAGACUAAAUGCUUAUAAUGAAAAUCCAGAUGACUUUAAAGAUGAUUUAGAAGAAAAUGAAGAAGAUGAAGAUGAAGAUGAAGAAGAGGAAGAGGAAGAAGAGGUGGAAGAAAAAAAAAAAAAAAAAGUGGAAAAAUCUAAAAAAGAUUCAGAUAAAAAUGUUGAAGAAGAAGAUAAUAGUGAUGAAUGGUCAUAUAGUGAUGAAGAAGAAUAUGCAUCGAAUGAAGAAGAGGAUAAAACAAAAAGUGCUAUCAGUAAAUGGGGAUUAAAAACUAGUGAAAAAGUAGAAAAAAAAAAAACAACAAAAGUGAAAAAGUUAAAAAAAGAGAUUACUAAAAAAGAAGAAAAAAUAGCACAUAUUGAUGAAAGCCAAUCUUCUAAAAAUAAAGGAUAUUUCGAUUUAUUAAAUACCAAGAAUUUGACAGAAGAUGCCAUAAGAAAAAGAGUAAAAUUAGUAAUUGAAAAGAGAGGAAGAAAGGGAUUAGAUAAACAUGAACACAUUAACAUCUUAUCGAAGUUAUGUGAAAUAGCAAAAUCAAUAAGUACUCAAUCUUAUAUUGAAGUAUUAGAGCAUUUAAUUAACUUAGAGUUUGAUGUUGUCUCAAGUGUUUAUACAUACAUGUCAUUUAAUAUUUGGAAUAAGGCUUUUAAAUAUAUUGAGCUUAUAUUGGAUUUGUUAAUUCAAAAUGACAAUUUUUAUUUAGUAUCCAUUAAUCUUGCAGAAGAAAUUACAGAAGAAAGUACUAAUGAAAAAGAGAAAAUCGUAAAAUCUUGUAAAACACUUAUUUCUUUUUUAGCCAAAUUAGAUGAUGAAUUAUUAAAAGCUUUAUUAUAUAUAGAUGUUCAAACAGAAGAAUAUAGAAAAAGGUUGGGAAAAACUAUUCAUGUAAUUGGUUUGUUGUAUAAAGGCUAUAACUAUGUGAAAUAUACCAAAAAAAUGCCUGAACUAGCAAUAUAUAUUUCAGCUAGAAUUUUGGAACAUAUGUAUUACAAGUCAGAAACUAUUUUUAAACAAAUAUGGAAUUUUGUAAUUUAUGGAAAAGAAUGCUUAGAGUCAUUAAAUAAUAAUAAAAACAAUAAUAAUUUAAAUAAAGAAAAUAAUACCAAAGAAAAAUCAAAAGAAAAAAUAAGUGAAGGAAAUGAUGUUAUGACGCAAAUAGAAAUAUGCCCAAAAAAAAUAGUCGAAAAUUAUGUUUAUGAAAUAUUCGAAUAUGGUACAAAGCAGCAAAAAAUAAGGGCAUUACUGCAGUUAUCUUAUAAUAAAAGUUUAUAUGAUGAUUUUUUGGAAGCUAAAGAAUUAUUGAAUGUUGCUAAUGUACACGAAUUGGCACUUAAUUCAGAUAUACAAACACAAAUAUUAUAUAACAGAAAUUUAAUCCAAUUAGGGUUAUGUGCAUUUAGACAUGGAAGAAUUUAUGAAGCUCAUUGUUGUUUAGUAGAAAUAUGUUCUCAAAAUAAGCAUAAAGAAUUAAUUGCUCAAGGAAUAUCAAAUUUAAAAAAUCAAGAGAAAACUUUAGAGCAAGAAAGGGCAGAAAAAAGGAGGUUACUUUCUUUCCAUAUGCAUAUAUCAAUUGAAUUAAUUGAAUGUGUUAAUAAUAUAUGUGCUAUGUUAUUGGAAGUUCCAAAUCUAGCGAAAAAUUCUUAUGAAUCAAAAAAAGAUAUUAUAUCAAGACAAUUUAGACGAUUUCUUGACAUGUAUGACAAACAAAUUUUUAAUAGUCCACCAGAAAAUAAUAAGGAAAUUAUCAUAUUAGCAACAAAAUAUUUACAAAAAGGAAAUUGGAAAUUAUGUUGUGAAAAAAUUUUCAGUUUGUCAAUUUGGUCUAAAUUUACUGAUAAGGAAAAAGUACAGAAUAUAUUGAAAGAAAAAAUUAAGCAAGAAGCUAUGAGAACUUAUAUUUUUCGUUAUAUAUCUAUAUAUGAUUCGUUCUCGAUAGAACAGUUAUGUCUUAUGUUUGAUUUAAAUCAAAAUACUGUUCAUUCCAUUUUAAGUAAAAUGAUGAUAAAUCAAGAAAUACCUGCAUGUUGGAAUGAAAGUAGUCAAUUUAUUCUUAUUAACAAAAUUAAUCCCACAACUCUUCAGUCAAUGGCUCUUAAAUUAGCGGAAAAUGUCAAUGAUGUAAUGGAACAAAAUGAAUUAGCUUUAAAUAUGAAAAACCCAAAAUUUAUGUUUAUGCAAGAAAGAAGAACACAAAUGAAAGAUGAAAAAUCUAAUUGGGCCCAAAAAAAAGGGGACACAAAAUAUGUAAAAAAUUAUAAUCAACAAAAAAAUGCACAUUAUAAAAAAAAUUAUAAAGAUAAAAAUAUGAAUAAAAAUUACAUACAAAAUUAA